AUGGGACCAUCGCGAACUGCAGCGAUGAGUGGUGGUAGCAGGGUCGUUUUAACUCGUCUAACUCUAACUAGACGUCUGAGAAACGCGUGUUACUGUGAAAGAUGUUUGUGCCUGUUCCAAUCGGAUCAUUGCGUUCUCGGGUCUGUUCUAUACAUAGUAACCACCAACCGCUGUUCUUUACGGAGCUUCAACCGGCUGGAUACCUUAACUGGUCUCUACGCUGCAAGCAGUGAUUACUGUCCUUGCUUCAGUGAUGAAUCGAAGAGAAGAGGGAGGAAAUCAAAAAAGGAUAAAAGAAAAAAGUCUCUACCGUAUCAUUCCGCUUGGGAUGCACCAAUGCAUUUUACUGCAAUUGGUAAUUUUUGUGGUUUUGGAACAUGUGUUGGCCUAUACAAUGCUUUGCGACGGUCAACCGAUGAUCAAAGGUAG